ACAAAAUAAAUCUUUCAAAAAGUUGAACCGUUUUUGUUUGUUUUCACUCAGAAACAAAUUAAUAUUUUAUUGUAAAUUCAGUGAUUUAUAAACUAAUAUUUACAUGUAACCAAGAUGCCGUAUAUGCGGAGCACGAUAGAACAGCGGAACUCGGACAACAAUGACGUAUCAAAACGGGACAUCCCAUCUUUCAUUGAGCCGCUGCCACCGCUGAUUUCGAAUCCUUUCAUGAGGCCGAAGCCCGUGAAAGGGACUAAUUUACUGGAGUUGUUUGAGGAGGACUCUGAAUGCGAGGAGCCGGAGCUGGUGCAGGUGUACCUGCGUAUGAAGCCGAGCGAUGUUCCCAGUUCCCUAUACGAGGUGCGGUCCGACCAGUGCCUGGUCACGUCUAUGGACACGGCCACGGCGGGGCACGGCCGCCGCACGCAGCACAAUGUCAACAAAAUGUACACUUUCUCCAGGAUAUUUGGUGCAGACACUUCACAGAAAGAAAUAUUCGAAAAUGUAGUGAAGGACAACUUACGUAAGCUGCCAGAUGGCCAAAGCUACACCCUCCUCACAUAUGGGGCGUCAGGGUCCGGCAAGACGUAUACCCUGAUGGGCACGGUGGCAUCUCCGGGGCUGGUGCCGAGAUCUCUGGAGUAUCUGUUUCAAGUGGUGGAGGCAGCCCAGCAGCCCGUCUACAAGCCUUCGGAAGGUGGGGCUGAGCAGCUGAGUCCCGUGUUGCAGGAAUAUGAGUUGCAGUGGGUAAAGAAGCUGCGUCACGUAUCGGCGCCACUGCGCGACAAGUACCGCCGCAUGAGCGCACAGCUGAGGGCAGACUGCAGCACCGUGGACCUCAGCACCAGGACUCAGCAUUAUGUGUGGGUAUCAUUUGUGGAGAUUUACAACGAGGCAGUGUAUGAUCUGCUGGUGACGUCGGACCGUCGCUCUGCGUCCAAACUACGCAUCAGGGAGGAUGCAUCAGGACAGGUGUUUGUGAAGGGGGCGACACAAGCGUUCGUGCGUAGCGGCUCAGAGGCAUACGACGUGCUGGUAGCCGGCAAACACAACCUACAGGUGGCGGCGACAGGGGUCCACGCGCACUCCUCGCGCUCGCACUGCAUCUUCACUAUCACGCUGCUCACACACAAUGAAGCGGGCAACGUCCGCAUCUCGACGGUGCGUCUGUGCGACCUGGCGGGGGCGGAGCGAGCCUGCCGCACCGGCGCCCUAGGCGCUCGCCUCGCUGAGAGCAGGGCCAUCAAUUCGUCGCUACAUGUGUUGGAGCGCUGUCUGCACAUGCUGAGGCGGCGGCAGAAGGCCCCCGGGACUAACUUGGUGCCUUACAGAGAAUCAAAGCUGACCCGGCUGCUAGGCGCCGGUUUAUCCGGACGAGGCGGCGAGGCGGUGUGCAUGGUGGUGACGCUGAACCCCGACCCCGCGUACUCGCACGAGACCCGCCACGUGCUGCAGCUGGCCGCCGUCGCACGGGACAUACAGGUGAACAGCACUAUAGCGGAAACGGAAGUGACGUUCGACAGCGUGCAAGACUCCACCAUCGCUACCAGCGCAGAGGUGAUGAAGCUGCGGGCCGAUAAUGAACGACUGCACUACGAGUUGGUCCAAGCCCAAUCCCGCAACAAGCAGCUCCUCCUCUCGAUGGAGGAGCGGCAGCAGGCGUCGGCGGCCACCAUGCGCGAGCUGGUGGAGGAGGCCAAGGACAUGACGCGCCAGUACUACGAGGCCGAGCUACGAGCCGUGGAGGAGCGCGCCCGCACCGAGAUUGAAGACUUGACAGAGGAGUAUGAGAGCAAGUUGCGAGGUAUCAACACUCCUUCUAAGAUGGGGACACCUUCCAAGUCGCUACAUAAUAUGGUGGCCCGGUUACAAACGGAAAUCACAAUAUUGGAGGAGAAGCUGGCGGCUGAGCGUCUGGCCCGAGAGCGUGUGGAGGAGGAGAUGCAGCACCUGCGGGCCUGCAUCGAGGAGAGGGACCAGGAGAAAUCCGCAGGGGACAACGGCACAGACGUGAAUCGAGACAUCCUUCUGUUAUCCGACGAGGAACAAGACAGCGACGACGAGAUGAAUCAAAGCUUAGAGCCGAGCUUCAGGAAUGAAAAACUUAGAACAAUGAAAACACACAAAAAAUCGAUAGAAGCUGAUAAUAAAACUUACGUAAGUGAGAACGACAGUGAUGACGACACAAUUCUGGACAGUACAGCAAAGAAAUCGUUUGUUCUAGAUAAAUCUUCUAAAGAUAGUCUUGAUGAUGAUACCCUCAAUGAUACGUCCAGAAAAUCGUCUCUUAUUCAUCAACAAGAAAGUACUGAAGAGCAGUUCAAGAGCUGCGCUGAAAAUAGCACUUAUACAAGUGACAAAGGAAGUACUACAAGUAAUUUUGCUGAUGAAAGUGUGGAAAACUCAAAUAAUGAGACUGAUUAUGUUAAAGAAGUAUCAUUUGCUAGGCCAGCCGAUUUGAAAAGAGGUACUUAUAUGGUUAAAGAGUCGGAUAUAAAAGAUUUUAACGAUAGCGCAGAUUCUGGUUGUAAUAUUUCAAAGACCAAUAAAGAUUCCAAUGACGACGAUAGUUUGAUUAACGACAAGAGCAUUGAUGCCGAUAAGGUAAAUGUGUCUUUUGAAGGUAAAAAUGUAGGAAAUAUAUCUAAAACUCUACUCAGUAAAUUAAAACAUUCAACUGUUAGCAGUCAGAAAAGUAAUGAAUCGUUGGCAUUAUUUGAACAGUUUGAGAAAGACGUUGAUAAUAAAAACAAUAAACUUGAAAAACAACCAAGCGAAGUCUUCACCAAUAUCAAAAUUCUAAAAGAAAAGAGGACUUAUUUUGAUGAUGAUAAUAAAUUGAAUAACCCUGGUGAACCUGAAAUGGUUACCAGGACCGUUGUAAACGAGCCUGCAUGUGUAGAAAAUAAAAAGUCCGAUUUGGUUGGAGGCACGGAUAAACUUGAUGUAACAGGCGAAACACUCAUAAAAGACGACGUAGUAAAAAAAGGGCGAACUUAUUUUGAUGACGAUCAAGUCCCUUCAGAGAAACAAGUUUUAGAACCUGAAAAUCUUCUUAAAAAGGUGAAAAUUGAACGUAUAUCAGAAGUUAUUGUUGAUGAAUCUCCAAAUUUUACUACUGAUUUCGGAAAUAUUAAGAUACUGAAAGAGAAACGCACUUACUUUGAUAACAUUGACAAGAAUAUCGAGAAUACUAAGCUAAUGGACGUUAUUAAUAAUUCUAACACGCCUUCAGUGAGGUCACCAUCUAUAGUCAAAGAAGAAAUCCCUAACGAUUAUGAACCCACCACUAUUAAGAUACUGUUAGGAGACAGCAGAACUUCAAAUGUAAACGCAGCUUCAGUGAUAAAGAAUAAAUUAAUAAGUAAAGUCCACGAAUCUCUUGAUAUUUUUGAUGAAGUGUCCUCAUCAAAAUGUGUCGAUAAUGCGUCUGUUGAUGAAUUACGUAAAUCUAUUGGAAACAUUAUAUUAACUGAAGAAUCUACUACAAGAGACAUUGACAAAAAUAAUAGGACAGAAAAAGAUACGAAAGUCGAUACAUUUAAAAGCCCUAAAACACAUGAAAUGCAUAAGCCAGCUGAGAAAUAUGACACAAUCCCCGAAAUCCUACUGUCUCAGUCGAAAAACAUGCACAACAGUAACAACACCGAUGUAGAUUUCGAAAACCUCUACAAAGACGUAUCUACAUCUAGAGCAACCGAAUUUGAUUUAUUAGUAACACAAGAUUUUAAUAACACCGACGUUAUAGAAGAUAGGAGUAGUCGAGCAGAGAAAAGAGCUUCCAAUCUGAAACACGACAACAGUUCUCACUCAGAACUUGAAGUCAAGGAACAAGGCGACACUAGUACAGAAACAGAAAACAAAAGGAAAAACCCGGGUUCAAUACUAGAUUUCGCUAAAGAAGCUAAAGAUAAACGCAAUGAUUCAAAUGAAAAUAUUAAAACCGUCAAGUACAACUUACGCCACAAAACCGAAUCAGACGAGAAAGAUAAUGAACAGAAAGCAGCGGAAAUUAAAACAAAAAGAAGCCUCCGAUUACGCAGACGUAAAAACUUCAGCGAAGAUGACGAAUCGGCAGAUGAUAAAACGUCUAAAUUAAAAGACAUAGUGAAUUUACAAAAAGAGUUUUCUGAUGUGAUAAUGGAUAUACCAGUUGCUGAGAAAGUAGUUAAAGAUAUUCCGUCCCCUGAAAAGAAGCAAGGAGAAGAGGAGAAUGUAGCGCCACUUUAUUCACAGAGUUGUCCUUCUAAAAGCGUGACCCGAAGCCGCCGCAAGCUCUUCACUCCGCGAGCGGAGCCCCUAGACGAGUCCCCCCCGAGCGGGGGCUCCUGCGAGCGAGUGCGGGUGCCCCGGCCUUCGUACCACCGCGGCCGUGCCCGACGGAAGCUGUAGACUGUGAGGUGUAGGGCUAGUUGCACCACACUCGGUUAGAUCAUAACAAGGGAUUAGUAGUUGUUGAAUUUGGACACAUCUAUCAAGAAUUGAAUAUGGAGAUGACGUAUAAUUAAUGACAUUACAAUGUAAUAGGGGUAUUAAUGAUCUAACAGACUAA